AUGGCGACGGCCACGUUUGAGAUGAUCCCAAUUGCAAACUUCUUGUUUGUUUGGACGAAUGCUAAGGAGUUAAACAGCUCUAGCGGAGUUGGAUCUGGUUAUGUUGCUUAUACCGCUUCACCUAAAUCUUCGGGUGUUAUGUCAUAUCAAGUGAAUAAAUGA